CCGUUGCACGUGUGGAGAGAGACUUGGGAGUUGGACGCCUGCAAGCUUUGCUCGAGCGAUGCUGCGAGCUAUAAAUAGAUGAAGAAGAAGCGGAGCCAUUCUCUUCUCCCGUCUCCUCUCCUCGUCGCCCGGAGUUGCAGAAAGGGAACAUCUUUCUGGAACUUCUGCCACCUCUGUGAAUCUUACAGUGUAUCUAGAUUGAUGUAGUUUCGUGUUACGGGAGCAUAUCUGUAUCGCACGUCUCUGGAUCGUGCUUCGUCUCCGUCAAAUGUGUUGUGGAUGUUAGAAGGCUUCAAACCAGCGCCUCACAGGCACCCUAUAUUUGAGUGAUAUCAUGGGCGCAUGUGUAUCAAAAUCAAGAAAUAGAUCCGGAUCUCUGAAGUACUCUCUUCGAUCCAGAAAAUGCUUUCUUCAAUCCAAAAAAUGCUUUCUUCGUUCCAGAAAAUGCUCUCUUCGAUCCAGAAAAUGCCAUGGAAAGAUUUUGGAUCCCAUUCCUGAUGCUUCUAAAAUUCACAUUGCUGAUGCUGAAAAUCGCUCGACUGAUUUCGCUUUUAGUGAAUUUGUUCAUGUUGAGACUGCUGCGGCAACUUAUAAAAGAUCUGAGGUUUCCAAUUUGACAUUCCAUCUCACCCAGUUACAGUGGCACCACAAUCAGAUGGAUGCUAAUGGGAUUUGCCAAGAAGAAUCAUGGUUUGACUCUGUCAGUAUUUUAGAAUCUGAGUCUGAUGAUGAUGUUGUCAGUGUCCAUGGAGACUCAAUUCCAUCAGUAAAUCCAAUUGGGACACAAACAUUGCAGUAUGGAAAUGCUUCACGCUUUAACAAACAUUCCAAAGAAGGACAUGAGACAGAGGACAAAUCUCGUGUCAACAAGACAUCAUCUUGUGUGUGCAAGUUAGUCCCUUCUGUCAGUUUUAAUGACAAAAUACAACAGCCAAACACGUGCCUACCGUGUCAAAAGAAAAGGUCAGCAGUUAUCAACCUUUCUUACAAGAGGAAGUCUUUUGAUGGAGAAGAGCUGACUGAAUUCUGUGCGUCAAAAAGAUUCCUAUAUCAUCCGAAAGGAGGAUUAGUCAUUCCAUGUUCUCCCAGUGGAAAAUCAAGUCCUGGAUGCUGGUCCUUUCUUGAACCUUCAACUUUUAAGCUUCGUGGAGAAAGCUAUUUCAGAGAUAAAAAGAAAUGUCCUGCUCCAAACUAUGCACCAUAUUAUCCAAUCGGUGUAGACUUGUUUGUAUGUCCACAAAAGAUACAUCACAUUGCCCAACAUAUUGAGCUUCCAUAUGUUAAACCUCAUGAGAAAGUUCCUUCACUCCUAAUUGCCAAUAUUCAGAUGCCUACUUAUCCAGCCGCAAUGUUUCUCAGCGAUAGUGAUGGGGAGGGGAUGAGCCUUGUAUUGUAUUUUAAAAUUUCUGAAUGUUAUGAUAAAGAAGUUUCUUCUAGCCUCCAAGAUUUAAUAAGGAGGUUUAUUGAUGAUGAAACCGAAAAGGUUAAAGGGUUUGCAAUGGAGUCUAGCAUUCCAUUUAGAGAGCGAUUGAAAAUAAUGGUUGGGGUGGUUAAUCCAGAGGAUCUUCUCUUGAGUGCAGCAGAAAAGAAGCUGAUACAAGCAUAUAAUGGGAAGCCAGUGCUUUCACGCCCUCAGCACAAUUUUUACUCGGGAGCAAACUACUUUGAGAUUGAUCUCGAUAUACAUCGCUUUAGCUAUAUAUCAAGAAAGGGGCUUGAAGCAUUUCGAGAACGUCUAAAACAUGGGAUCCUUGAUUUGGGUCUGACAAUCCAGGCACAGAAGCCGGAGGAGCUCCCGGAGCAGAUCCUUUGUUGUCUGAGACUAAACAAGAUUGAUUUCGUCAAUCAUGGGCAGAUUCCAACCAUCGUCGCGCUCGAUGAUGAUCGAUCCAGAUCCAUUUGAUCACAUGGAAUGUGCUAGUGCAAAACAAAGUAGUUUUCUCUUUUAGUAAAGACUGCAACCUAUAUGUAAUCCCUCUUUACCUAACUCUCAAUAAACCAAUAAAUACUUUGAGAACUCCA